AUUGCCUCGUGUCCUGUAUGAACACAGAAGGAUUGGAGAAGCCCUGCGGAAGCCCCUCAGCUGUGCCAGCAGGAUGCCCAGAAGAAAGCAGCAAGCACCGAGGCGCUCUGCAGCAUACGUUCCUGCAGAGGAGUUAAAGGAGACCGAAAUCGAUGAAGAUAAUGUAGAGGAUGAUGGACUUUCCCUAGACGUCCAAGACAGUGACUAUUUAUACGGUGAGGAACCAGAAGUCAAAGAAAAUCAGAGUUACCAAAACUCUCCAGGCAGUAGCGCAACCAACCACGAUGCAGGCUACGGUUCACCGUUUAGCGAGACUAGCGAUCAGCUAGCUGAUUUCAAAAGUACUUCCUCUAAGGAUGGUCAAGAGAGAGAAGAUGUCCAGAAUUCUAAUGCAUCUUACCCUACAGACAGUCUGGCACAAAUCAAAGCUGUGUAUACAAAUCUGCUAUCGGAGUGCUCCUGGUCUGCGCUAGCAUUAGAUUUAAAAAAGUCGAGUCCAACUCCGGGUACCAAUAAGAGCAGCCCGAGCGAUGACACAGAAGCGAAAUCUAACCAUGUUACGCCGACUACCGUCACAAGCAGCUGCAGUACCAAUACAAGUACAAGCAUUAAUGUUAGUACAAGUAAUAGUACUACCAGUAGCAACAGUUCUUCUGGAUAUGACUGGCACCAGGCGGCUUUGGCAAAAACAUUGCAGCAAACAUCCUAUGGACUACUGCCUGAGCCUAGCUUAUUCAGCACAGUGCAACUUUAUCGGCAAAACAAUAAACUGUAUGGGUCUGUUUUUACAGGUGCCAGUAAGUUUCGAUGCAAAGAUUGCAGUGCAGCCUACGACACAUUGGUGGAGCUUACUGUACACAUGAAUGAGACCGGACAUUAUCGGGAUGAUAAUAGAGAUCGGGAAGCUGAAAAAACAAGGCGUUGGUCCAAACCCAGAAAAAGAUCUCUAAUGGAAAUGGAAGGAAAAGAAGAUGCCCAGAAAGUUUUAAAGUGCAUGUACUGUGGACAUUCAUUUGAAUCUUUGCAGGAUCUGAGUGUACAUAUGAUUAAAACGAAGCAUUACCAAAAAGUGCCUCUGAAAGAGCCAGUACCAGCCAUCACAAAGUUAAUUCCUUCAACAAAAAAACGAGCACUUCAGGACAUAGCGUCACCUGACUCACCAGAGCAAGCAGGGAUUUCCCCGGGGGCAUCGGCAAGUGAUGGAGCAAAAGACUCUAAAGCUACCAAUCCAUAUGUGACCCCUAAUAAUCGAUAUGGCUACCAAAACGGUGCUAGUUACACAUGGCAAUUUGAAGCUCGGAAGGCUCAGAUUUUAAAGUGCAUGGAGUGUGGAAGUUCUCAUGACACAUUACAGCAACUUACUGCUCACAUGAUGGUCACUGGGCAUUUCUUAAAGGUGACAAACUCUGCUUCAAAGAAAGGCAAACAACUAGUAAUGGAUGCAGUGGUAGAAGAAAAAAUACAGUCAAUACCUUUGCCUCCAACUACACAUGCAAGGCUACCGGCAUCCUAUAUAAAGAAGCAACCUGAUUCCCCAACAGGAUCUAUACAUUCCGAAGAGAGAAAAGAUCCAGAAAAGGAGAAACUAGACAAUAUUGAGCCAGAAAAGAAAAUCAAGGAAGAAAGUGAAGACUCUGAUAAGGUAGAUACUGCUACAUUGUAUCAAUAUCUCCGAGAGGAGGAUUUAGAUGAUAGUCCUAAAGGUGGAUUGGACAUUUUAAAAUCACUUGAAAACACUGUUUCCUCUGCAAUUAGCAAGGCUCAGAAUGGAGCGCCAUCGUGGGGUGGGUACCCUAGUAUCCAUGCUGCUUAUCAGUUGCCAGGUACAGUAAAAACAAUGCAGCCCACAGUGCAGAGCGUUCAAAUGCAACCAUCUUAUGCCAGCAGUGUGAAGUCACUGUCAUCUGAUCAUAAUGCUUUAAUCCAUUCUCCUGGAAGCUUAACUCCUCCGCCACAUAAGAGCAAUGUCUCGGCAAUGGAAGAGCUGGUGGAGAAGGUGACAGGUAAGAUCAGUGUGAAGAAAGAAGAAAAAACGAUAGAGAAAGAAAAGGUCACUCCGGUAAAGCCGUUAUCUCCAGCGGCUAAGGAAAAUAAAGACAUCCUUAAACCAGAGGAGGCAAACAGUAAAGUUGUAAAGAAAAGCUCAGAGUCUGAAAUUCAAAAGACGAAAAAGGAGACCCAAGUGGAAUGCCAUACUCCAAAUGGUACGGAGCCUCUUAAAGCAAAAGUAACAAACGGCUGCAACAGUCUAGGGAUUAUCACAGACCAUUCACCCGAGUCAUCAUUUAUUAAUCCACUUAGUGCAUUGCAGUCUAUAAUGAAUACCCAUUUAGGCAAAGUGUCAAAACCAGUAAGCCCCUCUUUGGAUCCACUAGCUAUGUUGUACAAAAUUAGCAAUAGCAUGUUAGAUAAACCAGUUUACCCUACCACCCCAGUGAAGCAAGUGGAGUCUAUUGAGAGAUAUUAUUAUGAAGAUAGUGACCAGCCUAUUGAUUUGACAAAAUCCAAAAAUAAACCACUUGUGGCAAGUAUGACAGACCCUGUCUCAUCACCUCUGAGAGAAAGUGCUCUCAUGGAUAUUUCUGACAUGGUGAAGAACCUCACUGGACGCCUAACCCCCAAAUCUUCUACUCCAUCUACUGUAUCGGAAAAGUCAGACGCAGAUGCCAGCAGUUUUGAAGAAGCUUUGGAUGAGUUGUCACCUGUGCAUAAAAGAAAAGGCCGGCAGUCCAACUGGAAUCCUCAACAUCUUCUUAUUCUCCAAGCUCAGUUUGCUUCUAGCUUACGGGAGACAGCUGAAGGCAAAUAUAUCAUGUCAGACCUAGGUCCCCAAGAACGGGUACACAUCUCUAAAUUUACUGGCCUUUCCAUGACUACAAUAAGCCACUGGUUGGCUAAUGUAAAAUAUCAGUUAAGGAGGACAGGGGGAACUAAGUUUUUAAAGAAUUUAGAUACAGGACAUCCUGUGUUUUUUUGCAAUGACUGUGCCUCUCAAUUCCGGACUGCUUCAACAUACAUAAGUCAUUUAGAGACACAUCUAGGCUUUAGCUUAAAAGAUCUUUCAAAGCUUUCUCUUAACCAGAUUCAAGAACAUCAGAAUGUUUCAAAAGUCAUCACCAACAAGGCUUUAAGCACCAUUGGACUUAUUGAGGAGGACUCAGGCUCCACAUUCCAGUGUAAGCUGUGCAACCGAACUUUUGCAAGCAAACACGCAGUGAAACUGCACCUUAGCAAAACACAUGGAAAGUCCCCAGAGGACCAUGUGAUAUAUGUAACUGAAUUGGAAAAACAAUAACGUUCAGUUAUGCAGCCAGGUAUGCAAGUGACCACAGGAACAUUGCACUAAACGUAUUCAUAAUUCUGCACUAGGCCUGACCUGAGCCUCUGAAAUCAGUCUUAUUUUUUUUUUUUUUUUUGCUGAACUGCCUAUCUGAUUUUUUUUUUACACAUAUUUUAUAUUUAUAUUUAUAUGCUCUUUGUCUGAUUUGUGCAUGUUUUAAAUUGUGAGUCAAUGUCUGACCUUUUUCAUUUUCAACAUCUGUUCUUGAUGUUAAGCUAUCUUUUUGUAGAAUGUAGUGGGAGACACUAUUGAGAGACAUUAAUUUAGCCACAAAGAAACACAAAGAACAAAAGAACAUCCCUAAAAUUAUCAUGUUGCCAUAAUAACAGUAGAGGUCAGAAAAUCUUGUGGUGUCAAUUUAACCCUUUGAGCACUGCCAUAGCAUUUCUGUGCCUUUUGAAUCAAAAAGACAAGAGAACAUAUUUAAUUCAUAGCACCUAAUCUUUUAGAAAAUAAAUUAUAUUGAUAUC